AGAAAGAAAUAUGGAGAAGCAAAAGUAUCUUCCCAUUUAUCCUUCCAUGGGUGAGAGAGUAAAAAUUGGGAGUGAUGAAGAACAGGCCGAGCUAAGGAAGUUUUGGAGUAAGGAAAUGGAGGAAAUCCGAGGAUUGAAUAGCAGGGAAGUGAGAAGCAAAAGCACGGGUGAUUUGCCAUUGGCGAGAGUGAAGAAGAUAAUGAAAGCAGAUGAGGCGAAGAUGGUUUCAGCUGAGGCAGUUGUUGUGAUGGGAAAAGCGUGUGAAAUGAUGAUGAAAGAGCUGAGUUUCCGGGCGUGGAUUCGAACUCGGGACGCUAAGAGACGUACCCUGCAAAACAAAGAUAUUUGGAGUGGUGUGGGCGAGAGUGAGGUGUUUGAUUUUCUUGUGGACGUACUUCCUAGACCAAAACCACUUCGCCCUCCUCUUCCUUCCUUGAAUGCUUUUGAUCUUGUUAAUAAUCCUUUCUUCACCUAUGGACAGUUUCCCAAUGGCUUCUUUGGGCCUCAUGAAUCAUGAUUUAUCUUGUUGGAAGUGAUUCCACUUCACCGACCUCUUCCUUCCUUUAAUGCUUUUGAUCUGGUUAAUAAUCCUUUCUUCACGUAUGGCCAGUUUCCCAAUGGCUUCUUUGGGCGUCAUGCUUCAUGUUGGACGUGAAUCUUGUUUAGAGUGUGUUGUUUAAGUUAAAAAUAUAGUAUAUGUAAACAGUUUGAAUGCGUGUAGUUUGUUGGUGGAGCCUUGAAAAUAACAGCUUUGGGUAAGCUUUAUUCAAAUCAUUUAAUUUCAAGUGAGAAGCUUGGAGGUAGUAAAUGGUUUGAGUGUGUGGGGUUUGUUGGUGAAGUCAUGGAAAUAGCAUGUUUGGGUAAGUUGUAUUCAAAUAAUUUGAUUUCGAUUGAGAAGUGGUGUUUACAGGUAGUAAAUGGUUUGGAAGUGUGAGAUUUGUUGGUGGAGUCUUUAAAAUAGGAGGUUUGGGUAAGUCAUAUUCAACUCAUUUAAUCAAUUAAGAAGUGGCAUUUGCAAGUAGUAAAUGACUUGAAUGUGCGAGGUAUUUGGGAGUCAUGGAAAUAGAAGUUUGGGUGAGUUGUAUUCAAAUCAUUUAACUUCAAUUGAGAAGUGGUGUUUACAAUUACUAAAAAAUCUCGUGUUUUUUCUUUUUUUCAUCAUCAUCAUCUCUCUUGUAAGAUUCUUGGUAACUAUGUUAGUAAUGAUGGAAU